AUGUUAGUUGAACUACAAUUCACUCAUGCCCUUUGCCUUUGGCUUCAGAUUCGUAUAUUUCAAAAGGGUUACGAGAAAGACCCUGCAAUUGUUGCUAAAAAGCAAUUCAGGAAGCUACCUAGAACUGUUUGUAGGGUGUUGAUUGAUGGGAUCUUGCUAAUAAAGUUUGAUAACAUAAAUGAUAAGGUUGGAGUUGCACUGUUGAUGGUUUAUAUAUCGGGAGCACCUAUGAUGUUUGUAGGGUGUGGGCAGUUUUAUACAAACCUAAUAAAGCUCAAUGGAGAUUGGCUGCGAACACGUGCUUCACCUCCAUUCUCAAACACCAUGACCGUUGGAAAUAGGAUCCUGUGGUUGUCAGUUAUGCUUCUAAUGCUGGUGGCAUCCUGGAUGAAAGUGGUCAACACUAUUGUAAAGGCACCUCAAUCAAAGAGAAAACCAUUAAAAAUAUCAUCGUUCAAAGGAAAUAUCCAGAAUGAUGAAUCAGGAGCUUAG